AUGAACAUUCAAGUGUGCAGGGAUCUAUCAGACGCUGUGGCCCUUUACCUGCCGCAGCGUUUGUACCUAAAAUCUUUUGCAAAGCUUAACAUUUCUGUGCAGCUUCCUUCCAACAAGGUUCACGGCAAGUCAAUUUCCAAUUGGGAACUCAUGGAGAAGCUUCGAAAGAUGAUUCUACCUGAUAAUUUUUCCGUAUUGAAAGUGACGAAGCAUAGUUCUGAAAGUAUACGUUUUGACGCUGAAUUAGAAAGUCGUGAUAAACUAGAGCGAGUUAUAGCUAGACUCGAGGAUCGUAUCGUGCAAUUAAAAGAGUAUCCGGACCAACUCAAGGUUCGGGUAUGUGAGGCAAAGUCUGACUUCCCAACUCGUCAUGAUUGGGAUUCUUUUUUCCGCGACGCGACAGACAUGGACGAAAUGAAGCCUGGUGAACGUCCAGACACUAUUCAUAUAUCUAAUCUUCCAAUCAGAUGGUUUGUAAAUGACAAAGAGCCAGAUGAGGAUGCACCUCCUUCUGAGAGUAUAUUUAAGAAGGCUUUUGAGAAAUUUGGCUCUAUUCGGCAAGUGGAUGUUCCGGCUGCUGAUCCAUUUAGAAUGCAAAUGAAAUCAACCAUGAGGGGUAUAACCACCCCACCACAAGAUGCAGCCCUAUAUUUUGAGGGUUAUAUCCAAUUCAGUGAAUAUGUUAGCUUUGUUCGCUGUAUGGAUGCCCUUAGGGGAAGAAAACUUCUCCGAAAAUGUGAUGACAUUGGUGAGUGGUGCGGGAUCAAAAUAGAUUUUGAUAAGACAAAACAUAUGACCGAUGCUGCUGUUAAAAGACGGGCUAUUGUACGAGAAAGACUGUUAGCUCGUCAAAAAGCUAAGGACGAGGAAGAAAAACUGGAGAAAGAGAGGAUAGCUAAGAGAGAAGCUAAAGAAAGACAAAAACAUGACCGGUCUGAACGUGAAAAGCUAGAGAAAAUGCGAGAGAGGGAGGAGCGUAGAAAGAAAAAGCAGCUAGCCAAGCUAAUGGAACGUGACAACAUGGACCUGAACAGCAAAGUAAAUGAGGAGCAGAGAAAACUUCUUAAAAUACAGAAGAAACUCCAGGCUCUGAGACUUAUAGAAGAAUUGUUUAGAAGGAUAGAGCUCCGUCCAGAGUUACAACACGGCAGUAGCAGAAAUGAUUACUACCAACCUGGAGAGCGCACCGCGCGUGUUCGUAUGAUCGACAAGUACAAGCGACAGCAGGAGGAAUUGUUGGAGGCGCAAAGGAACCACCUAAAGAGUGCCCUGAAUGGUCGUAUUGUAAUCCGCUCGGCGUUAGAAACAAAGAAACCCAAACGUGAGUCUUCCAUCAGCUCAAUUUCUUCGGAUGAACGCGACACGCGCAAGAGAAUCAAGACAGAAAAGUUGUCCACGCCUGAACGUGAGAUGGAGUAUAACAAGGCUACAGCUGGUCUUUACGGCAUGCCGUACGGUUUCGGCUAUCCGUUCGCGUGCCCGCCUGCAUACGGCUACCCACCACCGCAAACGUCGAUGUACUACCCGGUGCGCGGCGCGUACUACCCGUCGCCCGACGUGUACCGCGCGCGGGCGAGGGGCCGGGGCCGGGGCCGGGGCCGCCCGCGCAUGCCCUACUUCCACGGGCCCGACGCCAGCCACCAGUACUACAAAUAUUUCAAGAAGUUAUCAGAAGCUGAAUCUCGUACCGAGCACGAUGAGAGAAUGCGGUCCCGCUCGCGGUCUCGCCGCCGCUCGUACUCGCGGUCACGGUCGAGGUCACGCCGCCGGUCACACACACGGUCACGGUCUCACAGCCGCCGAUCCAGAAGCCGACGAUCCAGGAGCAGGAGAUCCAGAUCUAGGAGUAGAAAAUCUCGCUCGUACGACUCCCGCUCACGGUCCAGAUCCCACCGGCGCUCCCGUUCUCGAGCACGGCGUUCCCGUUCGCGGUCUAGACCUCAUACCCCCCCCAGCGCUAGGAGCGUUCCCCUCGACAUUCACGCUGCAGAGGGGAUCAUAGCUGACGGCAAAAAGUUGGUGUCCCCCGGAGUGAUGAACCCACGUCGAUCGAGGAGCUGGUCUUCACCAAAAGGAGGCGACAAAGCCUGGUCUAAAAGUCCUAAAGAAAACUAA